AAUUUAAAAAUUACGAAAAACAGCGAGGAAAGGAGGAACAAGAACUGAAAUCCCCUUGGUCCUGGAAGGCAGGAUUCACCUCGGCAGAGGAAGGAGCGUUUGCUGAGUCAGGCUUUGAGCAAGAUGGGGAGAAGGCAGAGCAGAAUUUUCCCUCUGGAGAAGCUGGGGCAGUGAGGAGGUGGUUCUGCCAGCACUCAGGAGCUCCUGUUCACCCCACCUCAGGGUGAACCCCGACUCUCCUGCCUGGUGGAAACGUUGCUGUUGUAUCGCACGCGACGCACGAGUCGUGUUAAAUCCUGCAGACUCUGGUGUGUAAACAUCUCCAGGCUCCGGGCCAGUGGGUUGUAGGGAUUGCUCCAUGGCUGGGUCAUCACUCCAGAAGUUUUGGGAGCGUUCACACCCCUGGGACGGGGCUGUGACGUCUGGAGAGGGGCAUGGCCACCGGGCUGGGCUACGGCACUGAGCCCUCGCCGGGGCUGCAAAGGGACCAGGAGCUCGGACACCUCAGAGCUGGGGGGCACCUAGUCCUGAUGGAAAACACAACAUCAGCUGGAAAAAUGCAGGGGAUGCUCAAGAAAGCCUCAAAAAUAUUUCAGCAAACUCGUGCUCUCCUGUGGAAAAACAUUCUUCUGGUGUGGAGGGUGAAGACUCAAAGUUUUCAGGAAUGGGUGACGUUGGCAGUUUUCCUCUUCACGCUCCGGGAGACGGCGGAUAUCAUAUGGGACUCCCCGAGGGCAGAAUUCCCUUACAAAUUCCUGGGGCAACUGGAUGAUCCACCCUAUAAUGCUACGGGAGUGAUGCUCAUGUACACACCUGUAACCAACACCACCAGGAGAAUAAUGGGCAGAGUGGCUUCGGAGUCAGUGCUGAGGGGUAUAACAAUAGAAGAGGUGGAAAAUGAGGAAAAAAUGGAAGCAAAAGGAGUUUUUGAAGAUGAAGUUAUUGGUGUUGUUUUCAAGGAUGACUUCUCCUACAGCCUCAGACUUCAAAUCAGCAGAACUGUGUUUCCAAAUGAUUUCUUUGACCACAUCGAAUCCUGCAGGGAUUAUUCAGAAAGUUACUGCAAAGUUCCUUUGUACUGGUACGGAGGUUUCCUCUCAGUGCAGUCCAGCAUUGAUGCAGCAGUCAUAGAAAUGAAAACCAACCAUUCUGUCUGGAAAGAAAUGAAGUCAAUCGCUGGGGUUCAUCUGAAAUCACCCCUGAUUAAACCUGUGUUUAGACUGGAUUAUGUUCUGUUCAUUUUUUGUGCUAUAUUGUGCUACUCCCCGUUUAUGUACUUUUUAUCAGUGAAAGUUUUAAGGGAGAAGAAGAAGCUCAAGGUGUUAAUGGGAGCAAUGGGUUUGCAAGAUGUUGCCUUCUGGUUAUCCUGGAGUUUGCUGUACACUGUGUACAUCUCAAUAUCAGCCAGUCUGCUGGCACUGAUCACACUGACAGACGCUUUGAAUCAUCAGAGCUUUUUACAACUAUAUUUGUUUUAUUUCUUCUAUGGCAUGGCCUCUAUUCACUUCACUUUCAUGAUCAGCUCAUUGUUAAAGCAGCCAAAUAUUACCAGUUUUGUGGGAUUUGUCCUUCACAUCCUCUUUGGGUCAGUGGGCUUUUUGACACUGUUCGACAUUUUGCCACCAUCUGCAGGAUGGAUUUUGAAUCUCUUCAGUCCUUUUGCCUUCACAUCUGGCCUUGCAACGAUGGUAAAAUUAGAAAAACAUGGACCAGGAUCUAACCCCAAAUUGUACCCUUUGUAUAACUUCUACCUCGCACUGAGCCUUGACAGUAUCUUGUAUUUCCUACUGGCCAUCUACUUUGAUAAGGUUUUGCCUGGCAAGUAUGGGGUGCCACAUCCUCCUGCCUUCUUCCUGAGGCCCUCAUACUGGUUCAAGCCCAGCAGUGGGUACGUGGGGGUGAGAGUUGGCAGCGAGAGCAGCCACGACCCCGUUCUCAGCGGUAACGCCGAGCCGAUGCCCCCGGGCUUCGACGGGAAGGAAGCAAUCAGAUUAAAUAACAUUAAAAAGACAUAUAAGAAGAAGGGCAAGAGCAUCGAAGCUUUAAAGGGUUUGUCCUUAAACAUAUAUGAAGGCCAGAUCACUGCACUGCUUGGCCACAGUGGGUGUGGGAAAACUGCCCUUUUAAAUGUGCUCAGUGGAUUUUCCAAGCCUUCAGCAGGUUCUGCAACGAUAUACAACUACAACGUUUCUGAAAUACCGGAUAGGGAAGGAAUUCAGGCAAUGGUUGGGGUUUGCCCCCAACUUAACUUGCAUUUUGAAGCCUUAACGGUUAAGGAAAACCUCAGAACUUUCGCCCACAUCAAAGGGAUUGAGCAGAAGGAAGUAGAGCAAGAGGUGCAGAAAGUCCUCGUGAUGUUGGACCUCACCGACCUUCAGAACGUUUGUGCUGAUGCUCUGAACGGGGCCCAAAAAAGAAAGUUGUCUCUCGGAAUUGCAAUUUUAGGGAAUCCCCAGGUGUUGCUUUUGGACGAGCCAACAGCUGGGCUGGAUCCCUGCUCCAGGCACCACGUGUGGAGCCUCCUGAAGGAACGCCGGGCUGGACACGUGACACUCUUCAGCACCCAGUCCAUGGAGGAGGCUGAUCUUCAUGCUGAUCGGAAAGCUUUCCUCUCUAAUGGGAGAUUACAGAGUGUUGGCUCAUCCCUGUACUUGAAGAGAAAAUGGGGAAUUGGCUACCACUUAAGGAUGCACACAAAUGACCUGUGUGACCCAGAGCUUAUCUCCUCCCUGGUCAGACAGUACAUCCCUGAUGCUGUGCUCAAAGGGAAGAAGAGGGAUGAGCUGUGUUAUAUGCUGCCUCUGGAAAACACCGACAGCUUCCCAGAUCUGUUCAGCCACCUCGAGAGCAGCCUUUUGCAGGGGGUUGUUAAUUAUGAGGUUACCAGGACAACCCUGGAAGAUGUUUUCCUGAAGCUGGAGGGUGAGGAAGCCGUCGAUGGAGAAGGAGACGGAGACCUGGAGGAGAGGGACCAAAGCCUGCUGGAGUUUCCCAGACAGGGGAUCCUGGCAGGGAGUGGGAUGGGGCUCUGGAGGCAGCAAGUGUGUGCUGUGAUGAGAGUUCGCCUCCUAAAACUCCGGCACGACGGGAAACUCCUCAGGGCCGUAUUGCUGCUGUUUGGAACAUUCAUGCUUCCACUGAUGAUGAUUUUAACUCUCAUCCAACUGUGGCACAGCUCCAGCAGCUGGGAAAUCUCAGCUAGUCCAUAUUUUCUUCCCACUAAGGAGAAAAUUCAAAAUAGGUCCUCAAACCUUCUCAUCCUCAAUGACACAGGAUCAGAAAUGGAGGAUUUCAUUGCUGCUUUGAAGGCUCAAGGCAUAACCCCAGAAAUAACUCUUGAGAAGAACAUCACAAGCCUUCCACAUCAUAAUGGAGCUAUAAAAGUAUCCCUGGAAGGCAAGAGCUACCGGUUCACGGUCAUGUGUGGUGCAGAACCCAUCAACUGCUACCCUUUGCUCGUGAACAUCAUCAGCAACACCUUCCUGAGGCUCUUCAACUCCACCGCGCGCAUCCGCCUCUGGAGCGAGCUCUUCUCCAGGACAGAAAGCUCAGAUUUAAAGAACCAUAUCUUUUUCAACUGUCUCAGCUACCUGCUGAUUUUGGCUGCUGGUUUGCCUCCUCUCCUUGCAGUGAGCAGCAUGGAGGACUACAAGCUCCAGGCUCGCUCCCAGCUGCGGCUCUCGGGGCUCUUCCCCUCGGCAUACUGGUGUGGGCAGGCCCUGGUGGACGUCCCGUUCUUCUGGACCCUGAUGUGCCUCAUGUUUGGGAUUUUGGUGGCCUUCAGCCGCACCUUCCCCUUGCAGGCCAGCACCACCCUGCUCCUGAUCGUUUGCAUCGUUGGUUAUGGGGUAUCUCUUGUCCUCCUCAUCUAUUUAAUUGCCGUCAAAGUUCGCAAUGGGCGAAGCAACCGUCACGUUCGGUCUUUAGUCUUCAUUCUGGUGAAUUAUGUUCUCUAUAUAGUCAGUAACUAUGAUGAACCAGUUUACUACACCUGUUGUUUGAUUCCUGUGUUUCCACCUCUGGGCUGGAUGAUGUUCUCUGCACUGCACUUCUCAAUUUUAGAAAGUGACAAAUUCCUUCAGUCCUGGAAACACAUCUACAUGGCUGUCUUUGCACCAUACCUCCACUGUGUGAUUUUUGCUUUCCUCCUGCGCCGUUUGGAGAUGAGAUAUGGAGAAGGACUUACAAGAUUUGAUCCCGUCUUCAGGAUCCAGCAGAAGAGAGUGGUCACCCAGCAGAACAGGGACCACCCUGGGGAGGAGCCCCCAGAAGUCCAGGAGGAGAGGGAGAGGGUGCGGAGCACGAUGGUCUCCCUGCAGCAGGACCAGGAGUCCGUUGUCAUCGUCAACAGUUUGCGCAAGGAAUAUGAAGUCAGGAAAGCCACUUCCCUCUGCAAGACACAGAACAAACUUGCUGUCAAAAAUCUCUCUUUUAGUGUUAAGAAAGGAGAAAUAUUAGGUCUGUUAGGACCCAAUGGAGCUGGAAAAAGCACAACUAUCAACAUGAUUUCUGGAAAAACAACAGUGACUGCUGGGGAGGUGGUGCUCAGGGACCACGAUGCAGCCGCCCUGUCCCCGGGGUGCCUGGGCUGUUGCCCUCAGCAGGACCCUCUCUGGCCAGACCUGACGGUGCUCCAGCACCUGGAGGCAUAUGCUGCUGUGAGAGGGAUGAGGAAAGAAGAUGCAGCUCUUGCCAUCAGCUGCAUAGCCAAGGUCUUGGACCUCCUGAAGCAUUUCAAAACCCCAGCCAGGAGGUUAUCUGCUGGAGAAGCCAGAAAGCUGUGCUUUGCUCUGAGCAUCCUGGGGGAUCCGACAGUGAUGCUUUGGGAUGAGCCAUCCGUGGGAAUGGACCCGAAGGGGCAGCGCCGCAUGUGGAAGGUGAUCCAGAGCUCCAUGAAAAGCAAGGAACGAGCAGCCAUCCUGAGCACGCAGUGCCCGGAGGCGGUGGCAAUGUGUGACCGCGUGGCCAUUCUGGUGUCGGGGCACCUACGGUACAUCGGUUCCCCUGAGGAUCUCAAGAGUAAGUUUGGCACGAGUUACCACCUAGAAAUCAAGAUGUCAGACCCGGAGAAAAGCGAUGCUCUCCACGCUGAUAUUCUAAACCUGUUUCCCGGCGCAGCUCGGCAAGGAAGGACUUCCUCCUUGCUCAUCUACAAAAUACCAAUGGCAGAUGCACUACCCCUGUCCCGGUCUUUCUCCAAGUUAGAAGCAGCUAAACAGAAUUUCAGGCUUGAGGAGUACAGCUUGUCACUGAACACUUUGCAACAGGUGUUUGUAGACAUCACCAGGGACGCAGAGGAGCAUGACCUGGAUGCAGCAUCCAACGGGGCUGUGGAGCAGAGACUCCUUCAGCCCUGACUCUUGGAGCCACAGUGAAAAUAUUCAGAGUAUUUCAUCAGUGUUACUGAUCCCUGUGAUCAGCUGCGGCCCCAGAACUUGGUUACUCAUGCCACAACACAGCCAGCUCUGCAGGUGUUCUGCCUCACAAAGAGAAAAAGAAUUAUUAUUUUAAUAAAUAAAGCU